AUGGCGGAGGUCCUUUAUCGCUACAAAACCCACAAUGCGUCGACAACUAUCGACGUUUACGAGAGUUUGCUGGGGCGUUUGCGUGGCUCAAAUAUUCAAAUAUCUCUUUACGCAAUGUAUGACGAGCUUAUUUCGCUUAGACUAUCGUUUCUGCAUGCGUCAAAGAGGAUUCAGUGGCCUAGUUCUAAUCACCUCCCAUUCUACUUCAGCGUUGUCGAAGUGCUAUUUGUUCGCGGCUAUGUCGUGCAAUGUCAGGAGGAAAUGAUGCGGAUUCCUGUCGAUCGCAGGCGUAGCUGGCGUGAUUACCGCGCACUGCACCAGGAGCUGCUGGAACUUGAGAAGAAAUCCGCUCGAAUAUCCGGCAACAAGGAUCGAAUGCUCAGUAGUGUGCGAUAUCGCGCGGAAAACAUAGAGAGGCUUAAAAUAUUUACAACUAUAGCGCGAUUGCCACCAACAUGGACGAAUUUGGCUCCUAGCUGGGAAGAAGACAUCGAGAUUCUGGUCUCCUCGGCUAAGAUUAGCAGCAAUACUAUUAGUAUGAUGAACCGCGUUAGACGAAAUUCCCGGUGGCAAGAUGCAGAUACGAUUGGAUACCUUUGA